GAGCAAAACGUACGGUGACACAGAGUAUAUGUUAUAUAUCGAGAAGGUACAAUGUUGGAUAAAUGUAAUAUUCUUUUACUGAGUUCCUAUAAUGUCUUUGAUGAAAUUUUAGUUUUCUUUGAUUUUAUAGUAUGAAUUCUUAUACCGAGCAUGACCAGACAAACGGCGUACUAGCGGAUUCCUCCUUUGAAGAAUAUUUCGUCCUCGACAUUCAUAAGCAACGUCAACUAGCGCUGCAAGAGAUUGACAAUGCAAAGUUCGGCUGGUUUCAUAUCCGGGCCUGCGUUGUUUCUGGCAUUGGUUUCUUUACGGACGCAUAUGAUAUAUUUGCCAUCAACCUGAUCUCGACAAUGAUAGGUUACGUCUACUGGUCAGAUGCCGGUAACAGGGUUCCUCAUAACAUUGAUUUGGCCCUUAAAGUCUCCUGCUCUGUUGGCACGGUAGUUGGUCAGCUCUUUUUUGGGUAUCUUGCCGAUCGGCUGGGCCGAAAACGUAUGUAUGGAGUGGAAUUGAUCAUCAUCAUCAUUGCAACCUUGGGACAGUCCCUCGCUGGCAGUGGUCCUGCCGCCUCGUUUUGGGCAGUCAUCACUUUCUGGCGCAUCAUUCUUGGUGUCGGCAUCGGUGGCGAUUACCCGCUUUCCUCUGUUAUUACUUCGGAAUUUGCUACAACCAAGCGUCGAGGAGCAAUGAUGGCGGCAGUAUUCGCUAUGCAAGGCAUCGGUCAGUUGACCGCCAGUAUUGUCGGCCUCAUUGUAACCGCAGCUUUCCAACAUGCCAUCCGGUCCGAUCCACGUUAUCUCGAUUACGUAUGGCGUAUUGUCAUUGGUGUGGGCGCCAUCCCCGCCGUUAUCGCCUUAUAUUAUCGUCUCACUAUACCGGAAACGCCUCGAUACACCAUUGACGUAGCCCAACGAGUGCAAAAAGGAAUCCAAGAUGCUAAAGCGUUCAUCGAACAUGGCGCUUCCUCUGGAGAUUACACCGAUAACAUGGUGGUAGCCCGAACCAUCACCUCGCCAAAGGCAUCAUGGGCCGAUUUUCGUAGAUAUUUUGGUCAAUGGCGUAAUGCCAAAAUCCUGCUGGGCGCAAGUUAUUCCUGGUUCGCACUGGAUGUCGCGUGGUAUGGUCUUGGUCUCAACAAUUCGAUCAUCUUGCGCAAUAUCGGUUUUGCUGGAGGUGACGACGCUUACGAUGUUGUAUUUCGUACAUGCGUGGGUAAUAUCAUCAUUAAUCUACUCGGCUCCGUGCCUGGCUAUUGGAUCUCGGUGUUUACCAUUGACAGAAUGGGUCGAAAAACCAUUCAGAUCAUGGGUUUUAUUAUGUUGACACUCUUCUUUAUCGUGCUGGGCUUUGCGUAUCAGCCGAUUCUGGAGACCUCGACGGUGCUGUUUAUUGUUCUGUAUACUUUGACCCAAAUUUUUUUCAACUGGGGUCCAAACACAACCACUUUUAUUGUUCCCGGAGAAUGUUUUCCGACGCGAUAUCGGUCCACGGCGCAUGGUAUAGCGGCUGCUUCGGGAAAAAUUGGGUCCAUCGUUGCUCAAUUGGGGUUCGGGUUACUCAAAGAUAUCGGAGGACGCGAUGCAUGGAUCGAUCAUCUUUUGCAAAUUUUUGCCUUCUUUAUGCUAACUGGGCUUUUAUCCUCUUUUCUCAUUCCGGAGACCAAAGGAAAAUCACUCGAAGAACUGUCCAACGAAAAUUUAUCUUAUCCUAUGGACGAACAUACCGUAAGCGGAAAAUGAUGCAACCGCAAGCAUCAAUUCAAGGCCUUUUUUCUGGAAUAUAAAACCACAGCUGGUGCAGCCGAGUUUUGACUGUAUAAUAUGAUAUAUUUUAAGUGAUAGGACGUAUUCUUGCUUUUACCUUGAUGAUGCAAGACCGACAGGCAUAGAACUUGCACCGUAGUAGCAGAUGACAAAUUUACAAUAGUGACUGGAGCUAUUUACCCUGUAAAUUGCGGCAAAGCCCCAUUAGGUGCUUCGGACACGAUCGUAUGGCUAAAGCAGGUCAUUAAAAUCAC